AUAGAAGAGGGAAAUAGGAAGCUGGAAGCAUUCGCAAAAUAUAGAUCAAAAGCCCAAGCUGCAAGGCCUCUACUCUGUUGAAGAAAAUGGAAGGGACUGCGAAUGGAGAAGAACCCACUUCAUGGGAAGAUCUUUACAACAUCAAUUUGGUGCCUUCUGAGAUUUUCCUCAAGUUUAGGAAAGAAAUCCAGGGGUUUCGCGUUGGAGUUAAUUUGGAGCUUUACAAUGCUCCUCUGAAUGACUACCAUGCAAAACUGGUUCUGAAGCCAUUGGCCAAUGAGCGAAAAUGGAAAGUUAUAUACGAGCCGUUAGUCCACGACGUCCAGCUUGUCUCCAAGAAAAUCCCGAUAACAAAGUUUCUUAAUCUACAGGUGGGUGUGGGCCAUAGUUUUCAGCUACAUGCUACUGGUUGGAAAUGGAAGCUCUCGUCCUGCUUCGGUGAGGAUGGUAUUUCUCGGAUUAAAAACAAAACAUCCCUUGGUCUCUGCCCUGGAGUAGAUUUUCGUUUCGGGUGGAAGGCUGAUUAUGUUCUCCCUGAAAUUACUGGGGGUGUGGGCACGGAUGAACCAUUAUUCAACAUGAACUCUGGACGCUUGCAAGCGUCACUUGAUAGAGUCGAGGCCAUUUUCACAAUAAGGAUGCGUGCAGCCUUCUUUUUCAGUUUGCCCUUAUGCAAUCAGUAUGGGAACGGGACGCAAUGUAUUGUGAACGUGCAAAUGAAGCUCCAUUAGAGAUAUAGAGAAUCGGGGUAAUAGCUACGAUUUCAUCUCAUUGCAGAUUUUCUAGGCUGUUCUUUUUUUCUUUGGAGAGCAAUUU